AUACGCCGGCAGGUGCAGCUGCAGAGAUCAGAGACAAACCGGAAGUUGUGGCUUCUGCGCCGAAGCAGGGCGGAAAAUGUAGGCUUCCCAUAGCAACGCACUCACGCUUUGGCAAUUGGCAUUAGAACGACAACAUGCCUAUCAUAGCGAAUGAUUAUACGUGGGAGCAGAGUGAGAAUGAUGUUUAUAUAUCCGUCCCCUUAAAAGGUACAAAGGCGUCGGCGUCCAACGUGCUUUGCUCUGAGAGCUAUCUAAAGGUGAAUUUCCCCCCUUUCCUGUUUGAGGCUUUUCUGUUUGCUCCUAUUGAUGACAGCACAAGCAGUGCAAAGAUUGGCAAUGGAGUUAUUCUCUUUAAUCUGCACAAGAAGGAGCCUGCCGUAUGGGAUGCGCUUACCUUGGCACAUAUGGAAAAAGAAGAAAUGCAAAAAAUCCGUGAAAAUGCUGUUGCAAAAGAACAGGAGAAGGCACAAGAAGAAACAAAAGCCAAAGCAGAAAGGAAGAGAGAAAAUGAAAAAUAUUCUUUAGAAGUCACGAUGAAGAUCGAUGAAGUGGAAAGAAAACGUAUUGAAGAUGUCAAAGAGGAGGAAAGAAAGAAAGCAACAGAGGAACUGGAGAAGUGGAAAGAAAAACAGAGGAUUCAGAAGUUAAAUGAAAUGAUCCAAAAAAAACAAAUAAGACAAGAGAAUGAAAGAAAUAAAGCAUUACACACAGGGUCCUUGAAACACUGCUCAACUGCAACGACUGUACAAAAUGACCGUACAAUUAACGUCAAGCAGAAAGAAAAGAUUUUGCCUCCUACUCGGUCCACUGGGUGCAUUCAGAUCCAGUUUACACCUCGUGUCUUUCCUACAGCACUCAGAGAAUCCCGUGUGGCAGAGGAAGAAGAAUGGUUACACAAGCAGGCCGAAGCCCGAAGAGCCACUAAUACAGUUGAUCUUGGACUUGAAGACUUGACCGAAGAGGAAAAAAAUCCAGAGUGGCUUAAAGAUAAAGGAAACAAGCUCUUUGCAGCUGGAGACUAUCUUGCUGCUGUGAAUGCUCUCAACCUGGCAAUACGGUUAAAUAAUAAGAUUCCAGGACUGUAUCUAAAUCGAUCUGCCUGUCAUCUUAAACUAAGAAACCUUCAUAAAACAAUUGAGGACUCAUCAAAGGCUUUGGAGCUACUUACACCACCCGUUCCAGGCAAUGCCAGUGCCAGAAUUAAGGCUCAUGUGAGGCGGGGGACAGCUUUCUGUGAAUUGGAACUUUAUGUAGAAGGUCUCCAAGACUACGAAGCUGCCCUUAAAAUUGAUCCCACCAAUCAAAACAUGAAAUCUGAUGCUGAAAAGAUUCGACGGGUCAUCCAAUCUUCCCUUCCAGAUAUUGAAUGAGGAAUCAUGUUGGACAUCAAGGACUUGUGAUGUAGAAUAUUUUUUAUGCUGAAAUAUUGUUCUGCCAAGAAACAAUUAUUUAUAAUACUUACACUGUGCCAGUACCUUCACAUGAAAAAUCAUAAGGAAGGAAAUUAAUUUUGUGUGUUGUCUGUUUUUUAGUGGAUUCGCAUGUUGCAUCCCAUGUUAAAUAUGCUGAAACAGUUACACGAGUGUCAGAACUGUAGGUUUUACCAUCUACAGCAAGUGUGGGGGGGGGGGGUUAAUAGAAGCAGCCAAAAAAAAGAGUAUAAUAACCUUUAUACAUAGCUAACUUCAUGAAUACCAGGUCAGUGUCUGCAUGCAUAUGGCAAAUUUUGUCUUCUGUUGCAAAUAUAAAGACGUGUACACAAUAUAUAAAUUAGGCACAAUAUAAUAAAAUGUUCUGAAUUGGAGACAAUGUCCUAGCACAUCUGAGAGGUGGCAUUUAAAGGGGUUAUUCACUUUUAGUAUGAUGUAGAGAGUGAUAUUCUGAGACAAUUUGCCAUUGGUUAUCAUUUUAUAUUAUUUGUGGCUUUUGAGUUAUUUAAAGCUUUCCAGUUUUAACCUAGCAACCAUGAAUUGAUUUGAAUAAGAGCCUGGAAUAUGAAUAGGAGAUGGCCUGGAUUGAAGAUGAGUAAUAAAAAGUAACAAUACAUUUGUAGCCUUAUACAUUUGUUUUUUGUUUUAAAGGUUUUUAUUUUCAAAACAAACAAAAACAAAUAAAGCAAACCACAGGUUUGACACUUACAUGG